CCCUGAAACAACACACGACUCCGGGAGGUAUUUUGCUUGGCCAACAAAAAAUCUGCUGGUAGGAGAAACGUGACAUCUCAGCCCGCCUGCCUCGUUCUUCGUCAAGGCUCACCACCACCAUGGAUGACCUCACCCAAGCUCUCUCGGCCAGCUUCGCCGUCUCGAAGGAGGCCAACAGCACAGCGGCCCCCCACCCACGGAUGGCCCAGUACAAGACCAAGUUCAGCGUUUUGGAGCAAAGCGAGCGACGGCGGCGCUUUCUAGAUCUGCAGAAAACGAAAAGGCUGAAUUAUGUCAACCAUGCACGCCGUCUGGCUGAUGGGGACUGGACAGGGGAAGAUAGUGAUGAGGAAGCAGUGGUGGUGGACAGAAAGGAGGAGGAACAGCAGAAGGAGAAGGAUGCAGAGGAUGAUGGGAUGGAGAUUGAGAGGAAGAAGUUGCCAAAGUACUAUGCCAACCAGCUCAUGCUGUCAGAGUGGCUAGUGGACGUCCCUCAGGAACUGGAUACUGAUUGGCUCAUGGUGGUCUGUCCCGUGGGGAAGCGCUCUCUCAUCGUCGCCUCCAAGGGGUCCACUGCAGCAUACACCAAAAGUGGCUACUGUGUGAACCGCUUCCCUUCUCUGUUGCCUGGAGGGAACAGACACAACUCAGCAAUGGGAAAAGAUUACACCAUCCUGGACUGUAUCUACAGUGAGGUGGAGCGGACCUACUUCAUCCUGGAUGUCAUGUGUUGGAGGGGCCAUCCAGUGUAUGACUGUCCAACAGAGUUCCGGUUCUACUGGCUCCAGUCGAAAGUCCAGGAGACGGAUGGCAUGGCUGACAUUGCCAAGAGGAACCCUUUCAAGUUUGUGAGUCUUCAAAGCACUGCCUGCUCAACGGAAGCCAUUCAGCAAGCACUUGCAACGGAGUACAACUUCAAUGUGGACGGACUUCUGUUUUACCACCGGCAGACCCACUACACCCCCGGCAGCACCCCUCUGGUGGGCUGGCUGCGGCCCUACAUGGUGGUCGAUAUCCUGGGCAUGGAGGUCCCGGUGGGGCCCCUCACCACCAAGCCCGAGUAUGCCGGCCACCAGCUGGCCCAGAUCCGGGAGCACAAGAAGACCUCCGACCAUGUCCGGCCAGGGGACCUGAACGGCCGCUACGAGCUGGAGCACCUAUCCACCCCCGACCAGGAAAAGGGAGAUGGCGAUGCCGCCGCCUCGCCCCGCAGCAGACCGCUGAAGGAAUCUCGCAUGGAGACCUCAGAAGAGCGCGAGUUAGCUAGCCGCUAAAGGCUAACUCAGUUAGCUAGCCGCUAAAGGCUAACUCAGUUAGCUAGCCGCUAAAGGCUAACUCAGUUAGCUAGCCGCUAAAGGCUAACUCAGUUAGCUAGCCGCUAAAGGCUAACUCAGUUAGCUAGCCGCUAAAGGCUAACUCAGUUAGCUAGCCGCUAAAGGCUAACUCAGUUAGCUAGCCGCUAAAGGCUAACUCUGUUAGCUAGCCGCUAAAGGCUAACUCUGCUAGCCGCUAAAGGCUAACUCUGUUAGCUAGCCGCUAAAGGCUAACUCUGUUAGCUAGCCGCUAAAGGCUAACUCUGUUAGCUAGCCGCUAAAGGCUAACUCUGUUAGCUAGCCGCUAAAGGCUAACUCUGUUAGCUAGCCGCUAAAGGCUAACUCUGUUAGCUAGCCGCUAAAGGCUAACUCUGUUAGCUAGCCGCUAAAGGCUAACUCUGUUAGCUAGCCGCUAAAGGCUAACUCUGUUAGCUAGCCGCUAAAGGCUAACUCUGUUAGCUAGCCGCUAAAGGCUAACUCUGUUAGCUAGCCGCUAAAGGCUAACUCUGUUCUGCUAACCAAUAAUAUUGUCAUGCUUUGCUGCUCGCCAUGCCAGAAAGACAAAUUUUUGGACAGUUACAUUGCGAGGCAUUUAAUGAGAGGGAGCUCAAUGAAUUAGCAAGUUAGUCACUGCUUCAUUUGGAGCGCCCUGAGUUCAGGCAUCGCUUGGUUCAACAGAGCUGUAUCCACAUUUUUAUUACACUGUGCUAGUUAGUGUAAUGCAGUGGAUUAGACAAUGUAAAAUGCAAGGACCCUGUUAAAGAAGCCUGUUUCCCGGACCUAGAUUAAACGCAUUCCUAGAUUAAAAAACACUUUCAAUUACAUUUUUCCGUUGAGAGACCACUGGGGCUGCGAAACUUACUUUAGUGUUGCCGAAAUGAACACUGUUCUCAUUUUGCCAGGCCUUGUGAAUGGACAACUUUGUCAUUGCACUUUCAGAGGUGCAAUAAAUAACACAGUUAGUAACACAGGUCCUUUAGACCUAAAUUGACAGCGUCUGUCGUGGCCAGAUGUGUAACAAAUGCAAAAAUGAAAGUUUAUUCAUCUGAUUCUUCUAAGUGUACGUUUUCUGAUGUUUAUUAAAUUGUUUUACAUGACUUUUCAA